CUGCUGAGUGGUGGUUGACAGUCGCAGGCGACAACACGGCGUGUUUUUUCCUCCCCUCUCUCUCGUGCUUGCUAAGGGCGUUAUCACUGAUGGAUGCCACCAUGAAGCAGAAAACAGAAGUUGAGCACUCAUAAGGACGCAGCCACUUGUACUUUUCAGAAGAUAAUCGCGACGGUGGGAUGAAGAAUUGAAGUCUAAUAGUGCGUUUGUGCCAACAUGUCUAAACCAAUGGAUCACGUAAAACGCCCGAUGAAUGCUUUCAUGGUUUGGUCCAGAGCCCAGCGCAGAAAAAUGGCUCAGGAGAACCCAAAAAUGCACAACUCCGAGAUCAGCAAGAGGCUGGGAGCGGAGUGGAAACUUCUCACCGAGUCUGAGAAAAGGCCAUUCAUCGACGAAGCCAAGCGACUGCGAGCGAUGCACAUGAAGGAACACCCAGACUAUAAAUACAGACCGAGGCGGAAGCCCAAGACUCUGAUGAAAAAAGAUAAGUUUUCUUUCCCGGUGCCCUACAAUCUCGGGGAGCACGACGCACUCAAAGUUAACGGGCUUUCCGCUGGAGCACUUUCCGACUCCGUCAUUGGGAACCCAGAUAAGGCAGCGGCGGCCGCGGCGGCCGCAGCGGCGAGGGUAUUCUUCAACCCGUCCAUGUCCACGAACCCCUAUUCCUUUUUCGACCUGGGAUCCAAGAUGACCGAGCUUUCCCCACCUUCAUUUCCGUACGCGUCUCCGUUGGGCUACCCGCCGGGAGGCGCCACGGCUUUCACCGGGACUGGCAGUGUAGGUGGCGGGACGCACACCCACACUCACUCACAUCCGUCCCCUGGAAACCCGGGCUACAUGAUCCCUUGUAACUGUACGGCCUGGCCCUCAGCAGGACUCCAGCCCCCCUUAGCAUACAUUCUGCUCCCCGGGAUGGGAAAACCUCAACUUGAACCGUACCCUGCAUAUGCUGCGGCGUUAUGAUAGGCCCACUCUGGACUUCUAAGAAAAUGAAAUGUGAACACAAGACAAAAAAAAAGAAAAGCUAUCCAUGCAAGAGUUUUAUUAUGCAUGCACAAACUUGUACAUGUGAUGAAGUGCUCGUCGUCUCAGAUAUCACAUGUGUAUGUAUAUUGAUUAAUGCCUUUAUCUAAGGUAAUGCUUAUUUAGAGAACUCUCUAAUCUAUUAUUACCCAGCCAUCACCUCUCAGCCCAGAGGAAGAAGGACUAAAGGAUGGCAGACACGCACACAUUUGAGAGGA